GGUCCAGAAAAGAAAUAUUGCUCUACAAAGGAUCUAUAAUGGACAAAGAAAGCAAUGGCUUCUUACUAAUUAUUCUACUAAUUAGAAUGGGUCCCAGUCUUUCUUCUGCUGUCAAUGAUACUGACCCCACACCUAUAGCAACCGAAAAUGCAGCAAUUCGCCAGAAGAUAGUCGAUUCCCAGUUCAAAUGCUAUGAGAGGAUGAACAGAGAGCCACCUUAUGCACAAAAAGGUCUGUUCUGUAACCGUACGUGGGAUGGAUGGCUCUGUUGGGAUGACACACCUGCUGGAGAAGAAGCUGAGCAAAAUUGCCCUGAUUAUUUUCCAGACUUUGAUCCAACUGAGACGGUCUCAAAGACCUGUGAUGAGAAUGGAAACUGGUUCCGGCAUCCUGAAAACAACCGAACUUGGUCUGAUUACACACGCUGCAAUUCCUUCACAAAUGAAAAACGGAAGAUGAUAAUGAUACUGUAUUAUAUGGCUAUAGUGGGACAUGCAUUAUCUAUAACUUCCCUACUGAUCUCCUUGGGGAUUUUCUUCUACUUCAAGAGCCUCAGCUGUCAAAGGAUAACUCUGCACAAGAAUUUGUUUUUUUCUUAUGUUCUUAACUCUGUGUUUACACUCGCCUACCUCAUCGCUGUCGUGUCUGAACCAGGCCUGGUAAAAAAAGAUCCGGUAAGCUGCAAAGUGCUCCAGUUUUUUCACCAGUACAUGCUGGGCUGUAACUAUUUCUGGAUGCUCUGUGAAGGCAUUUAUCUUCAUACACUCAUCGUGGUGGCGGUGUUUGCUGAAGAGCAACGUUUGCAUUGGUAUUACCUCUUGGGCUGGGGGUUUCCUUUAGUGCCAGCAUCAAUCCAUGCUGUGGCAAGAGCAAAAUACUUCAAUGAUAACUGCUGGAUGAGUGUUGAUACUCAGUUGCUGUAUGUUGUUCAUGGGCCAGUGAUGGCAGCUUUAUUGGUCAAUUUUUUCUUUCUGCUUAACAUUGUCCGGGUUCUGGUCACAAAGCUGAGAGACACACAUCGCGCUGAGUCCAACAUGUACAUGAAAGCCGUCCGAGCGACUUUAAUCCUUGUGCCCUUGUUAGGAAUCCAGUUUGUCAUUAUUCCUUGGAGACCAGAAAAUAGACUGGCUGGAGAAGUCUAUGAUUACGUCAUGCACAUAUUGAUGCAUUACCAGGGUUUACUGGUGGCAACCAUUUUCUGUUUCUUCAAUGGAGAGGUUCAAGGAGCUUUGAAAAGACAAUGGAUGCAGUACAAAACCCAAUGGGGUCAAAGACGCCGAGAACAUUGCUCUACACGAUCUACCUCCUAUACAGCAACAUCUAUCACGGAGGUCCCCAUUUAUCUAUAUGCCCACGAUUCCAACAGUGAACACUUUAAUGGAAAGUAUAUAGAUGACUCUGAACUUGUUGCAUUAAAAUCUGGAGAGACAUCUGCCUAGCUGACAUAAAGAGAAUAUGGUUUUCUGUAUGUGCAGGAGACCAUGAGGAGAAGACUUCAAGGCCAUUGCAAGAGCAAGCUCUGUUAGAUGACGAGAUGUGUCAUAUGUAAACUACAGACACUCUGCUUUCUGAUGGUGACAACUUCAAGAGAGUCAAAAAGAGAGGAAAGAAAGAGAGAGGGAUAGAAGGAGAGGUGUUCACUGGAUACAGUUGCCAUGGAGGAAGGAUCAAGGCUGAGCUACUCAGUGAGAAGAAUGGCAUUUCCCAAGUUUCAGAACACAGCCAAUAUAUGAACUGAGGAUUCUACAUUAAUAAACAUUUCUAUACGAUGUCGCAUGAAGAUCUGGGAACUAUCACUGUUUCUGUAAAUUGAUUUUUUUUGUUGUUGUUUCAACUAAGCUAAACACAAGAAAGAAAUGGUCAGCAGUUAUUGCCUAAAAUAUUUUUGCAGUAGACUUCUGAUCCAUAAACAUGUCACCUGUCAGUGUCUUGGGGAAACAUUGCAUUUGAAUACCUCCAGUGCUUUCUUAAGGGGUUUUGCAAAACAAUUUUUAAAAUAUCAUUCCAUUUUAUUUAAAUCCUCAGUAUCUCAAGAGGAUGUUUUACAGUAUUAAUUUGAUAUCAAGCACAGAACUAAAAGCAAACUAUUUAUUGCGUCAAAAAUGAAGCAUGUGAGAAAUACGGUGUGCUGUUGGACAAUCUAAUAUGGGGACCCAAGAGACUUUGUUCAGAAUGCUCGAUAAUGGUUGCUUGAUAAUUACCAUUGAUAGGGAAAUGGUCAGCCAUAUUUGUCAUCCCAGCAAUCAGAUAUAGGGAACAACUUUUCGCUGUGAAUAAUCUGUGAAAUGUACUUUGGAAAUAGUUUCUUUUUAAAUCUUACCAUUGACAUUUCUCUAGUUCCAAUCAUGCAAGCUUUCUUUUACCAAUAAAGUUGUUGUCCUGUUUAAAGAGCCCAAAGUUCCAUGGUGUAGUUAACCUUUAGGCCCAGUUCAUAAGUUACUGUAUAAAUUAUGCAACUGGUAUAAAAGUUACUUCAGUGUGACUGCUCUGGAUACAACAACUGCAUAGCAUAGCUGCGGAAAAUGC